CGCGUCGGAUGCAGAACAGGCGGCACUAGUCUUGCGGUCCGCGCCUCACGCGAGGGGACAGCAGCGCCGGCACCGCAGCCGCCACUGUGCGCAGUGCUACCACCAUAACGGACGCCCCUGUCGCUGCGCUCCCGUGACAACCCCGCGCAGGUGCAAACGCGGAUGUAGAGCGAGUCACUCAGUGGAAACGGGCAGUCGAGUUUACCGUCCGCUACUACAGCGAAAGGCAUCAGGACGUGAGGUAGAGGUCCAGACUCGCCGCGAACCUUCCGUCGCGUUUCCCGCAAUUUCUUCUAUAUUUCAGCAUCACUUGUUGCUUUGUAUACGGAACUGCCACUCCAGCGACGUCCGAUUUUGGCACAGUGUCCGAAGUUUAACGUGUGUUCUGUAUUUUCUUAUUUUGCUCGGUAGCGAACUCGCGUUUCAUGCUAAACGACUGAGCGACUCCGACACAAUACCGGCAUAGUGAUUCUUUUUUUCCGGUUCUGCAAUUCCUCCGUUGCUUCAGAAACACUUGUUGCUUUGCAUACAGGAGUGCUGUCUCAGCAACAAUACCCAAAUAUCGGCAAAUUGUCUCCAUCUUCGCACGAUUCUUCUGCGAUAGUUACCGAAUGUUUUUCAGUCAUUCACUCCUUCUUGCCGUUACAUACAAGGAUACCUCAAGAAAAAAAUGAAAAAUAACUUGAAUAUUGGGAUACAGACUAUCCUAAAAGGACCUUGCAGUAUUUUCAUAGUUUCACAUAUGUUCGCAAAAUAGCUUACAGAGUAUGUGUCUUGAGUUUCCAGCAAAGCUGCUGAUACACCUUUACGAGAGUAAAUUAUUCGCUUAUAAGUAACUCACACAGCACCUCAGAACUGUCGGUUGAUGCGAACCUAGUGCUAAGGCUUGGUUACCUCGAAGCCCUGCCCGAGUGUCUUUGUUUGAUGUUCACCACCAGUGCAGUGGAGCAACACCAGUGACUUCCUUAAAGCGGCAGUUGAAAUGAAGGGGAGACGAGCCUGGAGUUUCCUGCUGUGGGCCACGGUCAUCGGGGUCGCCACAGACGGCGGGCAGUGCCUGAGCGACAUCAGCGUGCUGGUGGAGCCGGCGGUGGCGGCGAGCGGCGGCAGCGCGCUCGUGCUCUGCCUCUACCAGCUGGAGGGCGACGCGCUCUACCAGGCGCAGUUCUACCGCGGCAACCGCGAGAUCUUCCGCUGCCUCGCCAACGGCGUCUGCAAGAUACUCCCGCUCUCCGGCAUCGUCAUCGACAUGACGCACUCAAACGCUACCCAGUUGCGGCUGCUGGAUGUUCAGCGAGAGGUUUCCGGAAAGUUCACUUGCGAGGUCACCGUCGAGAGUUCACGGAAGCCCUUCUCUACGAAAAGGGGCCACGCAACUUUGCAGGUCGUCGUGCCGCCGCAGGGCCCGCUCAGCCUGGAGGUGGAGAGCGUGUCGCGGUACAGACCCGGAGACCUGCUGAGGGCCGAGUGCGAGGCGCCGCCGUCCGAUCCUCCCGUCGAGAUGCUCUACCUGCUCAACGACUUCCCGGUGAAUUCGUCGCUGACGCAGCGCCACAACGACAGCAACCGGCUGAGUCUGCGCGUCCGCCUGCAGCGGAGCAGCUUCACGGCGCGCGGCGAGCUCUCCCUGAAGUGCGUGGCCUUCCUGUCCUCCGUGUACCGCCGCGUCGCCGAGAGGGACAUCGGCGCCACGCCGCAGCCCUACCCGCAGAAAGUAACAUCUGGAUGCGCCGGAAGAUACUCGGCUCAAGGCUUUUGUUUCCUCCGCGGUCGGGCGUCGACGUCCUGGUUUCUGGCGCUGGCGACGCUGCCGCUGCUGCUCGCCCCGGCGAGGUAGCCUCGGCGUGCAGUGUGUGUGUGGACCGCACGGCGCAACGUCUCGAAACUUCUCAACGUGGGAAUGUGCCGAGACAGAUGGGGACUAGAAAACCGCCACCCUGCGUGAUAUCCCGAUGAAAGACUCUACGCAUCUGUUGAUACACAAUGAAUACUUUCUGUACAAAAAUAAGUGUGUUAACUGCUCCACCACAAAUUAUUAGAGCAAACAUGAAGGUCACAACUAUGAUAUUCCGGUAGAACACGCAACUUAUAUAUGUGACGCGUCGCUAAUUCCUGUGUAGCUGACAUCUAUGUGAAAUGAAGGUAUUAAAUUGUAUUCAUGUUUUAUCUGUGAGGCUAUCCACGAACAAAUCCGACGAGAAAUCGAGUUCACAUGGAUAAAAUUUUGUUAAUUGACUCAUAACCUACAAUUUUUGUUUGAAUAUUAGAAAUUAAGUUAAUUUGCGUUUGGUCAAUCACUAGAAACGUCAGCCAUAAUUCUGUGUUUUUUGUACAGAAAGAAAAUUUAACUCUGAAUAAAGGAACGUGAGAUUCUUU